CAUCUCCAAAGUCCAUCAUCAACAUUUGAAAGACGCCUUGCUAGCGACCAUCUUCAGCGGUCGACAUCCCACGCCCAGAACCGCGCAUUAUCGAAUUCGAUACACCACAUCUACCACAUCUUCAUCAUGGCGGCCGAACAACGAAAGCUGCUCGAGCAGCUCAUGGGCGGCGGCAUGGCGUCGCGCAGCGCACAGCUCCCACUGACGGACCCCAAAGUGUGCCGAUCGUACCUGGUCGGCACCUGCCCGCACGACCUCUUCACCAACACCAAGGCAGACCUGGGCGCGUGCCCGCGCGUGCACUCGGAGGCGCUCAAGGCCGAGUACGAGGCGCUGGCGGAGCCGGACAAGAAGAAGUACGGGUUCGAGUACGACUACAUGCGCGACCUGCAGAACCGCAUCGACUCGUGCAACCGCAACAUCGACACGCUGCAGCGGCGGCUGGAGAAGACGCCCGACGAGGUGCGGCAGACCAACGCGCUGCUCAAGUCCAUCUCGGACCUGGGCUCGACCGUCGCCAACGGCCUGCUGGAGGUGGAGAUCCUGGCCGAGACGGGCGAGGUCGCGCGCGCCUACGACGAGUACUACAAGGUGCGCCACGCCCAGGCCGCCAAGGCCGAGCGCGAGAAGGAGCUCAAGGCCCUAUCCGAGACCUCGGGGCCCUCGGGCCACCAGAAGCUGCAGGUCUGCGACGUCUGCGGCGCCUACCUGAGCCGCCUCGACAACGACCGCCGCCUCGCCGACCACUUCUUCGGCAAGAUGCACUUGGGUUUCGCCCAGAUGCGCAAGGCGUACGACGCUUUUCCGAAGGAGAUGCGCGGGAGGCAGCGCGCGCCCAUGCCGAUGGGUGGAGGCGACGAGGAGAUGGGUGGUGUGCCGACCGGGCCCGGGGGAGGGUAUGGGGACGGCUGGAAGGGGCCGAGGGGGCCGAGGAGUGGCGGCUUCCGCCCGCGCGGGCCGAGGAGGGGGUGGUAGCGGACGGACGGUGUGUGUAUACUUCGCAUUGGCAGGCGUUUUGGGCGUUGUUUGAUGGGGUUAAAAUGGCAAGAUAUCACGGUCGGGAUAUGGUCUGGUGGGUUCGGGCCAAACACGUUUGGUUAGGCUCGUGGAGUCAAGUAGAUUCCCCCAAAGAUCGGCAAAGUAAUUCAGUUCAUACUCAUGUGCAGGUGUGCAGAAACUGGUACGAGGGGGUGCUACUGGAAUCUCGGCAAUACUAUGUCUGAUCAACCUCAGCGU